AGGGACACAGUCAUUGUGACCAGAAACAGGAGAACAGAAAACUUCAACUAAAGAAGCUAAACAAGCUAAAAGGGCUCCUCCUUCAGUCUGCUGAUCUGGUUUCAGGUUGAGAUGUUCUGGCUCAGGAUGACUUCCUGUCUGUUGUCCCUCCUUUUUCCUUUGGUGUCCUCCAUCAUGGCCACCGACCAACCCGCAGGCUGCAAAAUCCGCAUCACUGACAAAGGACUGGAGAUGUUGAAGUCUGAGACUGAGAAGUUUGUUGAAGAGGAGCUUAGUAACAUCAGUAUGCCGGAGAUGAAGGGCACAGAAGGACGUUUCCAAUACACCAUCACUGAUGUGAAGAUCACUGAGUUGAAUCUGACUCAUGCCGACCUGCAGUUCAUCCCUGAAGUCGGUUUAAUGUUUGAUGUUCAGAACUCUUCGAUCUCACUGAGUUUCCACCGACGGAUCCUCUACUGGUUCUUUUAUGACACGGGGAACAUCAACGCGUCGGCGGAAGGCGUGAACAUCAACACAGCUCUGAACCUGAUAAGAGAUGAUCAGGGACGACUGAAGAUCAAUAACAUCACCUGUGACGCCAAAGUGUCAAAGAUGAGGGCCAAGUUCAGCGGGACACUUGGGAGAGUUUACGACUUCCUGGCGAGUUUUCUGACAACAGGCAUGCGCUUCCUCCUCAAUCAAAAGAUCUGUCCUGCUCUGAACCACGCUGCUGUGGUCCACGUGAACUCCAUGUUGGAGACGAUCCCUGUGAGGACGGAGGUUGAUCAGUAUAUUGGGAUCGAUUAUUCUCUGAUCAAUGAUCCGAUUGUGACGUCUCAGAGCCUCGAUAUGAACUUCAGGGGGAUGUUCUUCGACCUCUCUGAUCCAAACGACACGUUGGCGAACUACGCUGUUGACCCGGUGAUCAGAGAGUACGACCGGAUGGUCUACCUCGCUCUGUCUGAGUUCUUCUUCGACAGCGGGAUGUUUUCUUACUACAGAGCAGGAAUCUUCCAGAUCCACAUCGUCAACGAGAAGAUGCCCAAAGACCUUGAGAUGUUGCUGAGAACCACCUACUUCGGAACCAUCAUGAUGCUGAACCCAGCUCUGGUGGAGGCUCCACUGUCCCUGCAGCUCGCGGUCAACUCUCCUCCAAAAACCUCCAUUAAGACAUCGGGGGCGACAGUCGUGAUGACAGCCAUCGUCAAGGUGAUGGUCCUGCCUCCAGGUCAGCCUCCGGUCCAGCUGAGCAGCAUGACCAUGGAGUCAAAGUUUAACGCCAAAGUUUCUAUGAAGGGGAAACGUCUGGCUGUUCAUGCUGACCUCCGCAGGUUUAAAAUCUUCUCCAAUCAGUCGGCUCUGGAGUCUUUGGCAUUGAUUCCUCUUCAGGCUCCUCUGAAGACGAUGUUGCAGAUGUCAGUCGUUCCUUUAAUCAACAACUGGACGAAGCGAGGAGUUCAGAUCCCUCUGGCUGAUGGGAUGGAUUUCAUUGAGGAGGUUGUUGAAUAUCACAAUGGUUUCAUUGUGAUUGGAGCAAAUCUUCACUUCACCAAAGGACUGAGAGAAAUGAUAUCAGGUGCCAAUCAGACAGAGACCAACAUGUAAACAUGUAAACAUCUACAGAUAUAUUUAUAGACACUGUGGACAUAUAACUCACUGUGUGAACACGACAUAUAACAAGAUGUUACAGUUUUUCUCAGUCGCGUUGGUACAUUUCUCAGAUCAGAAUUGAAAUUCUCAAAACUUUUUGGGUUUUUUUCCCCGUUAAAGGGUUUUUUUUGGGGAGUUUUUCCUUAUCCGUUGCGAGGGUCAUAAGGACAGAGGGAUGUCGUAUGCUGUAAAGCCCUGUGAGGCAAAUUGUGAUUUGUGAUAUUGGGCUUUAUAAAUAAAACUGAUUGAUUGAUUGAAAACUACUUCUUCAAUCUUCACAUCAUUGUGUCACUUGUGCACAUCAAAAAAGCAGUUUCUCAUUUCUUUGAACAAGUUGCAAAUGCUUUGGUACAUCCAUGCAAAUGAGUAUGUACAAUUCUCUGCUCUUUCCUACAUUAUCAAUUGCUUAUGUCAUGUUGAUCAAAAUGUAUUAUAAUGGGUCUCUGUUGAAUAGUCUCACCCCCACAACAUUUAGGCAUUAGAUCAUCACAUAAGUCUUUACGUGCAAAAUGGUUGAAUAAGUUGUCAUAAUAUGUCAAGCAUAUUUCUAUACUGUACAUUUCCAUUAGACUUUUUUUCUAAAUCUGUCCUGAACUGGUAAAUUGCUCCCAGGUGAAUCCUGACUUUCUCUAACGAAGGGAAAUGUGUGAAGCAUUAGCUCAACCAAUGAUUUACCAGUUUUCUGAAAUAGCUCAAAGGUGCAUCUCAUGAACCAUCAGCUGGCAAGUAUAUAUAUAUAGCUGAAACACAACACAAUGUUACAAUGUCUGACAAUGGAAGGACAAGGAAUUGGACGGGGUCAACAGCCAGAGAGAAAAAGAAGAGGAAGAGGAGAGAGGCUGCAUGGCGGAGGAGUUUUUUCUUUGUGCUCUGCAGUGCUGUCUUUUCCUUUCUGUAUCGCAAUGACAUGGUCUGUCAACAAAUUACAGUACAAACAGUAAAAGCGUAAAUUUGAAUCUUGUCCAGUCUCUUCAAUCAAUCUCCCACAUACACUAAGGUGUACCUUACAAUUUACAAUGAUUGUCAUCAAAACUUUAGUCAUAGUUUACAUCAGAACAUCCCUCCAGAGUACACUGUUAUAUUGACAACAUGACUAAGCAAUUUGACUGUCUUAUCCGUACACAAUCACACAAGGACUUGUCAUUCUCAUGGCACUGACAUAUUCAUUGACACAGAUAUUUACUUUUGAGAGAUGAACUAAGGAUUUUGAGCAAGAGACUGGCUUUUUCAGGUAAUCCAUGGUUGUUUUGCUAUUUGUACGAAUUGUUUUGAGAAAUGCACUUACUGUUUUGCAAAUGUCGAGGAUGAUUUGAGAAAUGUACCAAAGCGACUGAGAAAAACUGUAAUAUAUUAAAAACAUAUCAGCAAAGGACGAUCCCAAAGACAGCCUCAAAACACACACACACACACACAGUCAGUCAGUCAGUCACUAUAUACACACUGACAUAUACCGGUAUGUGGAGUUCUUCCUGAUCAGCUGUGAGGGUCCUAAGGACAGAGGGAUGUCGUACGCUGUAAAGCCCUGUGAGGGAAAUUGUGAUUUGUGAUAUUGGGCUUUAUAAAUAAAAUUGAUUGAUUGAUUGAUAUGUGUGUACUGAACAUUGUUUAUGUUGUGACAAAUAAUAACAUUAAAAUCUUUGUAAUUUUGUGAUCAAA